AUGGCUUCCCCAAACGAAGCUGCGAGCUCACCAGAGAUUGCUCCUGAGCGUCCCGUCCCAGCCCCGAUUGACGACAAGGAUCCCGAAAUCGUCGAUGAGAAGCCCAGUUCCGAAAUCGAUCCCAACACCGGCGGACUUGCAGGUGUCGAGAAGAUUGAGGCCUUGACUCAAACAUGGACCAAGCCGUGGCUUGUCGUCGCCUACAUCUUCAUCUGGCUUGUCUUCUUCACAGACUCGCUGCAACAACAAAUUGCUAGCUCUCUACUGCCUUAUGCAGUCAGUGACUUCGGUCUCCAUGGCCUUAUGGCCGCCACGGGCAUCAUCUCCAACAUCGUGGCAGGAGUCAGCAAGCUACCGCUCGCGCGUAUUAUCGACGUGAUUGGUAGAACGCAAGGCCUCUGUAUCAUGUUGGUUUGUGUUGUCAUCUCUUUGAUUCUCAUGGCAACUUGUAACAACGUCGAAACCUAUGCUGCAGGUCAAACGUUCUUCUGGACUGGCAUGAAUGGUAUUGGUUACGUUCUCAACAUCUUCAUGGCCGAUACUUCGACGCUUCGCAACCGAAUGAUUCUCUUCGGCUUUACAUCCACACCCUACGUCUCGAACACCUUUGCCGGGCCUGCAGCUGCCCAAGCUUUCCUUGACGGCAGCACUUGGAGAUGGGGAUACGGCGCUUUCACAAUCAUCAUUCCGGUUAUUUGCGCCCCCCUAAUUAUCAUUUUUACCCUCCAGUUGAACCGAGCCAAGGAACUCGGUCUCUAUGUCAAGCCCCAAACAAACCGCACCUUUUGGGAGUCGGUGAAAUACUGGUUGAUCGAAUUUGAUGUUGCAGGAAUCCUUAUCGUAGUUGCUGGGUUCUCGCUGUUCCUGCUGCCAUUCAGCAUCGCUGGUUAUCAGGCACACAAAUGGGUUGAGCCUAGGAUCAUUGCGAUGAUCGUUGUCGGCGGUCUUCUCUUGAUCGCAUUCCCAUUAUAUGAGAAGUACCUUGCGCCAAAGACUUUCAUUCCUUGGGAGUUAUUUCAGAACAGAACAGUCCUGGUCGCCUGCUUGCUCGGAGGGAACAUGUGGAUCAGCUUCUACUGUUACAAGGUUCAGUUCUCGUCCUAUCUGCAGGUCGUCUACGACCUCAGCGUUUCAAGAGCUGGCUUCAUCACUAAUAUCUUCAACAUUGUAUCUUGUGCUUGGGCGGUUCCGGUUGGCCUUCUCAUGCGCUUCACCGACCGAUACAAGUGGCUUGGACUGGCGGCGAUUCCUCUUCAGAUGCUUUCUACCGGUUUGAUGAUCAAGUUCCGUAUGCCCGAUACUCACGUCGGCCUUGUCAUCAUGUGCGAGGUUCUCGGCUCUUUCGCCGGUGGCACUAUUGUCAUGGUCGAGCAGAUUGCCAUCAUGGCUUCCGUUGCUCAUCGCGAUGUUGCAGUCGGUCUCGCUCUACUGGCUCUCGUCACCAGUGUUGGAGGUGCUAUUGGCCAAUCUAUUAGUGGUGCCAUUUGGACCAACUUGAUGCCCUCGAAGCUAGAGCGCUACCUUCCCGACGAACUCAAAGACCAGGCCCUCCUCAUCUAUGGUGAUCUUGUCACUCAGCUCAGUUAUCCAGUGGGUACUCCCGAGAGAGACGCCAUCAUUCGUGCGUACGGCGAAACGCAGAAGAUCAUGAUCAUCGCAUCGUUGGUGGCAUUAGUUGGAUCGAUUAUUUGGGUUUCUUUGAUGAAGAACCAUCGCUUGAGUGACAAGCAGCAGACAAAGGGUGUUCUGUUCUAA